UUAUGAUUUUUACUAAAAUCAAAAUAAAAGUUAAGAAUUAAUAUAUAUUCUGCUUGUAGCCCGUUAAUUUAUGCCGUGUUAUAAAGGAAAUAUUUAACUUCACUGUAAACAAGAAACCAUGUCGCUAGCUGAUGAACUUCUAGCGGACUUGGAAGAAAAUGAUGAUGCAGAACUUGAAGCUAUCAUUGAAAACAAAACAAACAGCGAUGCCCACGAAUUUGCUGUACCGUUCCCAGUAAUACCUAAGGAGGAGGAUAUAAAAAACGUUUCUAUACGAGAACUAGCCAAAUUGAGAGAUUCAGAAAGAUUUGUGAGGGUUAUAAAAGAUAUUGAACUUAAUUUUGGAAACAACCGCAAUAAAAUUGAAGUUACUGGUUUAAUGGAAUCAGACCCUGAAUAUCAACUGAUUGUGGAAGCAAACAACAUAGCAGUGGAGAUAGAUGGAGAAAUAGCUAUUAUCCACAGGUUUGUUCGAGACAAGUAUCAAAAGCGAUUUCCGGAGUUGGAGUCACUUAUUGUGACACCUUUGGAAUAUAUACGGACUGUAAAGGAACUGGGAAAUGAUUUGGAUAAGGCUAAAAACAAUGAGAUAUUACAGAGUUUCCUGACGCAGGCCACUAUUAUGAUAGUCUCAGUGACUGCAUCUACAACACAAGGUAAAAUGCUAUCAGAAAGUGAGCUGAAUGAGAUUUAUGAAGCAUGUGACAUGGCCGCUGAGUUGAAUAACUUCAAAUCCAAAAUAUAUGAAUAUGUGGAGAGCCGCAUGACUUUCAUUGCACCAAAUAUAACCGCCAUUGUGGGUGCUUCAACGGCUGCAAAAAUCCUGGGUAUUGCCGGAGGAUUAUCAAAACUGUCCAAGAUGCCUGCCUGCAAUGUGCUACCUCUAGGCCAGCAGAAGAAAACACUGUCGGGUUUCUCACAAGCUGCCUCCUUACCACACACCGGGUUCAUUUAUUUUUCACAAAUUGUUCAGGACACCCCACCUGAACUAAGAUACAAGGCGGCCAAGCUAGUCUCCACUAAGCUGACUCUCGCCGCGCGGGUGGACGCGUGCCACGAGAGCACAGACGGACAUAUCGGGAGGCAGCUGCGAGAAGGGAUUGAGAAGAAACUUGAUAAAUUACAGGAGCCGCCGCCGGUAAAAUUCGUGAAGCCGCUGCCGAAGCCGAUCGAGCAGAGCCGCAAGAAGCGCGGCGGCAAGCGAGUCCGCAAGAUGAAGGAGCGCUACGCCAUGACCGAGUUCCGCAAGAACGCCAACCGCCUCAACUUCGCUGACAUCGAGGACGACGCAUACCAAGAGGACCUGGGCUACACGCGCGGCACCAUCGGCAAAUCCCGCACCGGCCGCAUCCGCCUGCCGCAGGUGGAUGAGAAGACCAAAGUCCGCAUCAGCAAGACCCUGCAGAAGAACCUGCAGAAGCAGCAGCAGUACGGCGGCGCUACCAGCAUUAGACGCCAGGUGUCCGGUACCGCGUCGUCGGUGGCUUUCACGCCGUUGCAGGGUCUCGAGAUCGUAAAUCCUCAAGCUGCGGAGACCAAAGUGAACGAGGCCAACGCCAAAUACUUCUCUAACACCUCGGGAUUCCUCUCCGUGGGCAAGAGGACCACGUGAGGCAAGAAGCUCACUUGAGGCAAGAAGACCACAUGAGGCAAGACCUCAUGUGGUCUUCUUGCCUCGUGAACCAAAAGACGUAUUCCAAUUCUCACAAGAAGGAAAUUAAGUAAUAAAGAUGUAAUUAUA